AUGCAACGCAGUCCAAACAACUCAACCCUUACAGACUCCGUACUGCAAGAUCCAACAACAACAACAACACCAAAAGAGAGCAUAGGAGAACAUUACCGAACACCCUCACCAGCCAAGGGGGAGCACAUGAUGUCGAACAACACAAACUUGCCUGAAAGCAUGUACCGCUCAUACACCACCGAGCCAGACCACCUUCCUGAGUACCGCCAUGGCACUGAGGCUCACGAUUCCGCUUUUGCACCAAGCGAAGACUCCUUCGUUACAGAAGAUCAAGUGGACCAGCCAAAAACUCCCAUCAAGAGUUGUGUAUCGGUGCCCUGGCAUGGACUGCUCUCUCCGAAAACCCCUGGUUUUGUGAGUGAUGGCUGGAUGAUGGGCACUAGGCAUUUGGACGUCGAGAUGAGCGAUGUAGGUGCACCUGGAGCCAGGAAUAGCUUUACAGUUGAGGAAAACCCCGGCCGAGGCAUCCCUGGCGGAGAGAACAAGAACGAUGGCGAUGUCGAAAUGGUAGAGCGUGAUGCGGCACUUGCGCGCGAGCUCGAGAAGGCUUCGAGUCCCACGCCGAUGCGACGUAGUGCCAGACUGCGCAGACCGCCGCCGUCUGUCUUUGACGUCAAGCCGAGUACACCAACUACACCGACUCCACGUGCCGCCCGCAAGCGCCCCGUAGACCUCGAACCCCCGGCUCAACCCGAAUUCAGCGUUGUGGCUUGCAAGUCCAAUCCCGUACUGUUUGAGGGACUUCCGACUGUGCACUCGCUGGAUUGGCAACUGCAGUACCCGCCUGGCGGAAGUACGCAUCCGUCCUAUCCAUACCCAGUUCUAGAUCCGCGGCUGAUAUUCCAUCAGCCAUUCGUACCUGUUGUUGAUGGCUUGCCGGAUAUCUCUCGCGUGCCGAAGCUUACACUUCCCUUGAAUUGGAAGCACGUGUCGUGGGCUGGCCUCCUUCCUAUUGUAUUCGAUCCUUACCGUCAGGCGUUCAAGCUGACUCCUAUCGGUCCAUUGCCUCUUACGUGCGAAGAGCUUCGGCAGGCGGGCCUACACAAGUACGUUCCGGGCGGAGAGCUUCACCCAGAGUAUGGCUUACUACCCGAUAUGCUUAGGUUGGGCGACGGAUCGGACGCAGAAGUGUUUGACUUUGACGGGGUCGAUUGGACCUUGCCGUGGGAGGGUCAGCUGAACUUCCAUGCACCGACUACCUUAGGACCCAAGUCAAGCAAUAGGACUGACAGCUCAAUCAGCCUUAGUACUUUGAAUGUAUUCAGCCUGGAGAUUUCGCAUCCGUGGCGCGAGGCGCGAGACUGCCCCAACAUGAUCAUCGACCUCGCAGACGGCUGGCGUUGGCUUGCCUCAAAGGAAACCGAUCCAACUGCUAACUUCAUUCCCACACCAGGAAAGACCCGACGCGGUACUGGAGCUCUGCGCUCAAACCGCAAACUCAAAUCUCCAAUUCCCGAGCUCAUGAUGUUAGCUCUCGAAGCAGAGCCAUCUACCUCACUAUUGUCAACUGAGCUCAACCCCAUCCUCCAGAACCAAGACCACUACCUCACCAGCCCAACUGUUAAUCUAUUCUGCCCCUUCAAGAGUGUUGCAACGCCCGUAAAUGUUGACAUCACACUACUAGGCGACACGGAAUUUACCAUCAUGGAGCUGCUGUCCUUUUUCCCACAGCAUUACUACUGGGGCCACGCAGCAGACCGCCUAGCACGUGCAGGCAUCCCGGCGAAUUUCGUCUGCAAAGUACUCAGCAUGACGCGAGCGCUGGACGGCGAUACCGUACCCAAGUCUGGUACUAUUAAUAGUGCGGCUAAGAAUGCGCGUGAGAGGGAUGUUGUUAAACGCGGGGUUACGGAGGAAAUGGACAUGGAUGACGACGAUGGAGACACCCCUGUUCCGGAGCCGGUCUCAUCGACUGAACCGGAUGACACAGAAGUUGUUGCUAGCUAUACGGCUGAAGGCUGGGCCUACGAUGUCUGGGGCAAAAUCGACUACCCACUUCUUGCUCUUGCGCACGGGUUGCAGUCGCUUCCUUCGGGCGUGGAUGCCGGGCCGUUGACUAAGGCGAUUAUUUGGUGCAGGGAGAAUGGGCGCCAUCGCGUUUUGCUGAGUGAGGUUCCUGGUUUGCUGAAGGAAAUCGAUAUCGAGUCGCUGAUUGAACCUGGUGAGGCUGGAUGUCCCGACACAGAAGUUACGAGCAGACAUGCAGAGGCGUUGAAGAAGGAGCGGUUGAGGUUGUCGAGGAUAGCGAAGGCGGGGAAGACGGAUAUGGAAGGGGGUGCAGAGGGGAGGAGCAAGAGGAGGAGGGUGGAGUAG